UUUUUUCCCUUUAAAUCUCUGCUUUUCACCCAAAAAACACUUCACCAUGGAUAAAACUCUCACCGGAAUCUUGCACUCUAUAAAUCAAGCAAUUUUCCAGAGAAACGGGCUAUUUUUGGGCGAUUUAUUGUCAAUCAAAAGAGAUCCAAAAUCUCUCCAGGAAUUAGUAUUUUCUAGCCCUUCAAUUGACCCAAAACAAGAUAUUAUACGUAUAUUACAUGAUAAAUCAUGGGUAGAUGUUGUUUUUUGCUUUUGGAAGGCGUCAUUAGCGCUUGGAAAAGACCAAGAUAUAGUGAAAGCAACAGAUGAGCAACUUGUGCUUGUUCAAGCUGUUCUGAAGGGGUUUUCUCAGUGGGAAGCGUGGGUUUUGCCGGUUCUUUUUGCGGUCUGCCGAGAUCUUGAGGUUCUGGCAUGUAAGGCAGAUGCAUUGCUAAGAUCAAGGGAUGAGAAGGCGGAGAAAUCGGAAGAAGCGGCGAGAAUGAUUAAUAAAGCCUUUACUAUAUGUAUUACAGAUAGAGAGGCGAUUGAGGUGUCACGUAAAUGGGGAACAUAUUAUAUUAUUGGGGUUCUUUUUAAAAUUUAUUUUAAGAUCAAUAAAUUUUCGUUAUCUAAGAAUAUAUUGAGAGCUAUUGAGGUGUCAGAGAUGCCACCUCUUGAAUGUUUUCCAAAAUCGCAUGUGGUUACAUAUAAAUAUUAUCUUGGGGUGUCAGCAUUUUUAAAUGAGGAAUAUGCAGUGGCACAAGUGGAAUUGAUGGCAUCAUUAGAACUUUGUGAAAGAAAGUCAGCUAAAAACUUAAGAUUGAUACUUACAUAUCUUAUUCCAACACUUUUGUUGACAUCUCAGAAGAUGCCAUCUAAGGCUUUAUUAUCAAAGUUUUUAUACUUAAAAGAUUUUUAUGAGCCUCUUGUAGAGUAUAUUCGUAAAGGCAAUUUAAAAGGAUAUGAUCAAUUAUUGAUAGAGAGAGAAAAAGAGCUUAUGAGUAAAAGGAUAUAUUUAGCCAUUGAAAGGAUCCGUGAUAUGUGUAUGAGAAAUCUUUUUCGUCGUGUAUUUAUUUUGAAUCAAAAGUUUACAAAAAUACCAAUUAAGCUGUUUCAUAUUGCUUUAAAUUAUAUGGGAUUGGAUGUUGAAAUAGCAGAAACAGAAUGUUUUUUGGCUAAUAUGAUAUAUAAAGGAUUUAUAAAAGGCUAUAUACAUCAGGAACGACAAACGAUUAUUUUAUCUGUUAAAGAUCCUUUUCCAAAAACAGUAAAUUUAUCUAACUUGUUAAUUUAAAUAAUCAUCAAAACAAUUUAUUAUAUCUAUAUAGUUUUCAAUACGC